AAGCAACAGCAGAAAAAAAAACUUUGAGUCCAGCGAGCAAGCAAGAAAAGGAUCUCCAUCGGUCCUUUACUCGGUCCCACUCCCCCGCCAUCCGAUUCGCACUGCUGCAACAGGCUCUGAUGACGACGUAGGGUGCUAAUCGCCGUCGUGCUUCUUUUGUUCAUGGCAAAGUUCCUACCUUAUACCUUCUUAUAUGCCUUUUUUCGCCGAUUGAGACGCGGAUAACCACUGUAGACUAGCCCUGCGACUCGCCAACACGUGUGGAUACCAACUAGAUGAAUCAGGCCAGCAUGACUACUCCACGACGGAAAGCAUGUGUCGAAUGCCGACAGCAAAAGAUUCGAUGCGAUGUUGAGCAGCACAAAGUGCCUCAUGACCCAUGCGGGCGCUGCAAGAAGAUGGGCCUGGAGUGCCGCAUCCUGCCUACAUCAACCAGGAACCUCCGCCAGACAAAGGCUGAGAUGCGUCGUGAACUGGAAGAACUGCGGUGGAAUAUGAGGCAAGGUCAGAAUCCAGGCAAUCCAAAUUACCCCCAAUCCACCGCGUCGCCAAAUGUCGACAUGCAGAAUUAUACGCCCCUUGAACAUACGUCAGCAACAUACUCGGAUCCCUCUGCAAGGACAGAUGCCUCGGAUUCAAUGUCUCCAGCUUUUGAUUCGCGGCCGCCGACAAGGAAAGGCUCCGAUCAUGGCACGGUACCUCGCGCUAUCGACGGGUACGUGCUCGAUGCAAAAAGAAUCGACGACUGCUUCACACUUUACUUCACCCAAUACCACCCUCUUUUCCCUAUUCUGGACACUUCGAUAGGACCAAAUGAUUAUUAUGAGCUGUCACCAUUCCUCUUCUGGGUUAUUGUUGUCACGGGAUCGCGGCGGUACGCUGAGCAUCCCGAUGUUCUUGACAGGACGAGCCAGGCCAUUACCCAACUUGCAUUUUCUUCCAUGGCACUGCGCACCUCGCAGGUUCCCGUUAUCCAGGGCUUACUAAUACUGUGCACCUGGCGGCUGCCUACCAAUUCAAUGUACAAAGACACGACACAUCUGAUGUGUGGUUCAGCUGUACACUUGGCCACACAGAUCGGCCUCCACAUUGCCGGAGUAGGACAAGAUUUUGCCAGGACACCACUGGAAAAAGACCAGACACUCAAGAUUCAUCGUGCUAGAUUAUGGCUGUGCUGCGUCAUUGUGUCGAUAAGAACCAGUUGUGUUGAGGGAAUUCCACCUCUUGCAGAGUCCUUCUUUGAUGGAGACGAACGCGACCGUGAGGAUAUGGUUCCCUAUCUCCCAGCUGAUCUGCAGUACCUACACAAGGUUUACAUCAUUCUCAUGCGGGCAAUGGUGGCCUUUGGAAAGACUAAUCUACAGUCCAUUCAUUGUGAUGUCCGCGUACUACGGUCGUUGAUUGGCAUCUUCGAUUCACAGCUGCUUAGCCUGGCUCCAUCUUCCUCGAGUGAUCUUGAUACCCUGCAACUCAGCUGUGCCCGCAUUCACGUGAUGGCAUUCCACUUCUUUGCUCAUCCUACAAAUCCGGGACCGGACGCAGAAUGCCUGUCUCGGUUCUACGCUCUCUGCAUUUCUGUCAUUCAAUCGGCGUCAAAUAUGCAAACCACGCAGAAAACGUUCUUGGCUUCUGUCUCGCAAUCUUUUAUUGACCGCACAAUCACUCUUGCCGGCUUCACCAUUCUGCGACUUGUACGGAGUCCACUUGCCCAGCAUCUGGAUCUACAAGCAGGCGACCGAGCAUUUUCCCAGGCGUGCGAAUUCCUCAAGAGCGUCUCUUUACAGCCAGGAGAUAUCCAUUACAGAACAGCCCACAUAAUGAAGGAUCUCUGGGGUAGCGAGAAGGUGUUUCGUAACAAGGAUGGCCGGGUCGAAUCGCUGUACCUCCGUUUGAGGACGCGGUUGAGUAUGAGUGUUAGUUAUGACAUGUUCUGGUACUGGCGAGAAGAGUUCAGCAACAUGCAAAACCCAUACAACGGAGAGGAUGCAACGCUCCUCUCUAGUGAGUCCACUCAGCAAAACACACCCCAAUUUCCAGUUCAACACCGGCAGCAGCAGCAGAUUUCGGAUCCAAACAUGCGACCUCAACCACAAAUUCCUGUGGGCAAAUUCGAUCCAAGCUUGGUCAACCCUCAACUGCAUGAUCCGUCCGUGAUGGGUUUCGACACUUUUGAAGGCCAAGACUACGGCAUACCGCCAAUGUUGGAUCAGUUCCCGGAUUACGAUUGGGCAGCUGGAUUCGAAUUUUCCAACUCCGAAAUGCCGAGUGUGCAGGUUGGCGCUAUGAAUCCGAUGAUGGCUGGGCCUGGCCAUGGACACCCACCUAACAUGGGCGGCUAUACUUAUGGCUAGGCGCCUUCGAGUCAUUUUGCGAGUAAACCCGUGGAAAGGAGGACGCGGAGAUCAGAAGCAACAAAUGCAGACUCUGGCUCGAGUGCAUGCGAUUGCAGCGUUCGAUCCAUACACUAAAUCAAAUUCAGUUAUCGCACCAGGAAGAUACCAUCUUCUUCACCACUCGCUCUUCCGAGUGCCAUGACCGAUGGAUCCGCUAGAGCGAGAAAUAGCUGAAA